AAACAUUUCCUUCUGACAUCUGAUCUAAUUAUCCUCUCUGUUAGUUUAAAGCCAUUCCCCCCUUGUCCAGUCCCUACUGUCCACCAGAAAUCGGAAUGAACAGGAGAACUCAAGUCCGAACAAAAUUUCCUAUAUGCAAGGUCUUGCUCCUCUUUGUUAAGUCCUACUUUGGCUCCUAAAUGUUCAAAGAUUAUUUGGCAUCUUUUCUGCCAGAAGUACUAGCUUUUCCAGACACAGUAAAACUAUGUAUUAUUUUUUGCAAUGUCUUGACAGAUUAAUUUUUUUUUUGUCUAGUGAAAACAUGGAUGUUGAUAAUUCCUUCCCCAUGAAUUCUACAUUUAUGAAAACACUGAAAUAUUGAAUCCAAAUACAUGGACAAAUGGAAGCUGGUAGGAUCUCCAGGAUGGGCAGCAGGCACAGUGUGUCAGUCAGCAUUCCCCCUUGUUCUGUUGUGCGUGCUUUGCCAGUUGCAGUAUUUACAUCCACAUUCUUUAUGGUAACAGCUAUCUCCCUCGUCAUCACUGGUGUUAGCAUAUGGAAAAGGUGGCAUGCAGCAAUCCACCUUUCAAAGUGCUUGAUAUGUCAGUGUUAGCACAUCCAGCACAGCACGUGCAGUAUCCCUCUUGCCAGUUCCAUUCUGUCACUCCCUCCUGAGCACAGCACGUGCAGUAUCCCUCUUGCCAGUCCCAUUCCCUCACUCCCUCCUGAGCACAGGCAGUUAAUUAAUCAGUCACUUGGGAGGCUGUUGCAUUUUCCCAGCAACAAGCUACAAAGAUGCUAAGUUUACUGAUCUUCCCAAGUUUAACCCCUUGUUUUAUUCCCUCAGUAUCUCUGAUCUCUCCUUUUGUUCCUGUACUGGUUUUCCCUGAGGGUAAUCUGACCUUUACUUUUUUACCCUAAAUUCUAAUGCGAGUUAGCAGAUUAUACACAAGUCCCAUUCUGUGGUGGUUUGGUUUUUUUAAUACUUUUUGGCAUACUAAGCCAUCUGGAAUCAAGGACAUCCUCUUUGUCUUUGGAUUGAGGGAGAAGCCUGGAAAACUACACCAGGAUCACAGACCAGAUCUGCACCACUUUGCCUCAGCGCAAAGAAGAUUUUCAUCACUGUCCUGCCCAAAUACAAAGAAAGGUAUUUAGCAUUGCUUAGUGCAAAUAUUUAUGCACAGAGAGAAACACAAAGGCUGCCCAUGUCGGCACGAUUAGCAUGCUGACAGUGCCUACUUAAUCUUUGUUCUUUCAUGGAGACGAGGGACGUGCGCUGCCCUGCUUCAGGCAUCUAGGGCAUACUGUACUGCAGCAAGAGAGGCAACAAGCAGUAUUCUGCUGUGCUGCCUCCCCAUGGGGCAAUGAUAGUUUAUCCCUGGGUUUUGUCAGCUCAGACUCUCCCAAAAUAGACGAUGGUGUGUGUGACUGUGAACUUUCAUCAAGCACCUAAUCCCUGACAAUGCAUUUCAGUUGAUGUUUCCAUGUGACUCCUACCCUCGACUGGGUUUCAUCUUGUGAAAAACAGGUGGAAAGCUCUCUCCCACUGUGCUACUACUUGGUUCUUUCUUGGUUCAUUCACCAACAAGGGUAACUCCUUCUCCAUGCAUGGAAAAUGUACACUGACACAAAACAAGGGUGUAUUAGAGAGCAGAUAAUUGUCCAGGUAUAGAACCUUCAGCAAAUAUUUCACCAAGCUUUGCUGCAAUAAAGAGGCCAUAGCAAGAUACUCCUGUGACAAGAGACCUCCUCCAAGCAUUUCUUGCCAUUUUGAUUCUUGCAUGCAGUUCUGGAGAAGUAAACUCAGUAAGUGGUGAUCUGUUGAUCAUUCUAUAGGUGGGGGAAUGGGAAACACUGCUUAUGCCGCUCAGGAUAUCUGCUCAGGGAUGCAGACAUGACCUCACUGAAUAGUGAUUUUUCACAUAUUCCAAAGUAGCAGAAUACUGUCACAGCCUUUGCAUGAGAUAUAGAACAAGUCACCCACCAUCUGAAAUCCAAUCAAUACAGUACUCUGAAAAACUUUCCAGGCACAAGGUCUUCUCAUGUGGUAUCAGUCAAAUUGAGUACUUAAGGAAAUACCCUCCAGGAAACAUAGAAAGUGCAUGGUAGCAAAACAUGAGGUUGAUCCAGGUUCAGAGAGCAGUGUGAAUGACAGUGUGGAGACAGGGGAUGCCAUAGAUCACAGGGACAGCAGCCGUGCAGCACUGGGAGAUGCCCUGGAGCUAAAUAGGUUGUUGAAGCUACAAAAGAAAUUUGCUUCCUGCUUGGAUCCCCAUUGGCUAGGGAUGAUAUUUUGAGCCCUGUCAGGGCAGGCCCUGCUGGUAUAUCUAGCAGCAGCACUCCUGAACUGAUAGAGAUUAGGACAAGCACUGAAGAUCUGUCAGAACUGGAGAAUGGAUCUGAAAAUGCUCCUAAUCUUCGUUGCAUUUCUGCUUCCCUCUGUACUGGGCUUCCCUAUUCAGGACAACUAUGAAAACAGCACAGCGACAACAGAAUCUACUCAGGUUACUACUGAAGAGGACAUAUACGAUUCUCCAUCACCAACAGAGAUAGAUUCUGAAGAUGAAGUUAUUUUUAACAGAAUUUUGGAAGUUAACAAAGACAGCUCUCGGUACUUGCAAGAAGGUGACAUAGUCCCUCGAAGGAGCCGCAGUGCCAUCAACUGUCGCAAUUGCUAUUGGCCUCAGUCCAGGGAUGGGAUUGUUCGUAUUCCCUAUGUCUUGGAUCCUACUUAUGAGGAAAACCACGUGAAAGGGAUUCAUGAAGCCAUGGCAGAAUUUGAAACAUUGACUUGUAUUAAUUUUGUGAAGCGCAAGACAGAACGUGACUACCUCAUCAUUAGAUCUGCUGAUGGAUGCUGGUCCAACUAUGGAAAAGUAGGAGGUGGACAGACAGUAUCUGUGAUGAAAGGAGGCUGCAUGUGGAAAGGAAUUAUUCAGCACGAACUGGACCACGCUCUGGGGUUUUUGCAUGAACAUUCUCGAAGUGACAGGGACAGAUAUGUAAGAAUCAUGUGGGAGUACAUCAGCCCAGCUGACAGACCAGACUUCAAGAAAUUUGAAAACUCCAACAAUCUAGGUCUUCCUUAUGACUAUUCUUCAGUAAUGCACUAUGGCCCACACACAUUCACUAAUACCACUGGAAAAGCAACAAUUGUACCGGUUCCUGAUGGAUCAGUACAUAUUGGACAGAGGCUGGGGUUGAGCAAUUUGGAUGUGGCCAAAAUCAAUAGGCUUUACAAUUGCAGUCGCUGCAGCACUAUUAUUGAUGCAGCGUUUGGAUCACUAAAAUCUGCCAACUACCCAAGAAACUAUUCAGAUAACACCAACUGUGUCUGGCUUAUCCGAACCCGAUCCAGAAAGAUUUCUCUGCACUUUCGUGCCUUUCAGCUGAGGACAACCAGAGGCUGUCAGGGUGAUUAUGUUAAAGUUUAUGAUGGAUCCAGCAAGUAUUCUACAGUUUUAAUGGACAAAACCUGUGGAUCACGGAUACCCAGUGACAUAGUUUCUUCUGGCAAUCUUAUGCUCAUAGAGUUUGUCACAGAUGGUGCUGAAACAGCUUCUGGUUUCCAAGCCACCUUUACUUCUGGAAGCACCAAAAAGCCUGAAUUUGCAAGAGUUUGCUCAAAGCUUGGUCAGUAUAAUAUUCGAUGA